AUGACCGACAAGAAGAACGAGGACUAUGUUGUUCAGAUGGGCAAUGACAACUAUGAUAAGAAUGAGAAGCCUUCUUUCCAGGCGCGAUCACCGCCUCCCGUAGCGUACGGCUCAAGUCCAGUCAGUGGCCUCGAACAGUUGGAAAAGAGCCCGCCCUUGUCUAUCUUGGCGUAUUGCUUGUCUUCGAUCAGUAUGACAGUUGUCAACAAGCAAGGAAAUCUCCAUGACAAGGCAUUGUACCCGUUUUUGACUUUGGACCGUGUCCUUGCGCCUUUCGACUCUGAUCGAGCAAGAAAAUGGUUCCCUAUCUCUCUUCUCCUCGUCGGCAUGAUUUACACCAGUACAAAGUCGCUUCAGUUCCUCUCUGUCCCCGUUUAUACGAUCUUCAAGAACUUGACCAUCAUUGUCAUUGCAUACGGCGAGGUCCUCUGGUUCGGUGGCAGUGUUACACCUCUUGCCUUGCUCUCUUUCGGUCUCAUGGUGCUGAGCUCGAUCGUCGCAGCUUGGGCUGACAUUCAAAGUGCCAUCAACGGUGACUUUGGUACUGCCGACUCAGCUGCUGCCGUCUCCACGCUCAACGCUGGUUAUGCCUGGAUGGGAAUGAAUGUUUUCUGCAGUGCUGCCUACGUGCUCGGCAUGCGCAAGGUCAUCAAGAAGAUGAAUUUUAGGGACUGGGACACCAUGUACUACAACAACCUCCUCACGAUCCCCGUUUUAGUUGUCUGCUCGCUUCUUACAGAGGACUGGUCCGCCUACAAUUUCUCUCGCAACUUCCCCGACGAUACCCGUAACAAGAUCAUUAUCGGCAUGAUCUACUCUGGCCUUGCAGCUAUCUUUAUUUCAUACUGCUCCGCUUGGUGCAUCCGCAUCACCUCCUCAACAACCUAUUCUAUGGUUGGAGCCCUCAACAAACUUCCUAUUGCAAUCAGCGGUCUCGUCUUCUUCUCCGCCCCAGUCACUUUCGGCAGUGUCUCUGCCAUCUUCCUCGGCUUUAUUAGCGGUCUGGUCUAUGCUUGGUCCCGCGUACGACAAUCGAUGUCCUCUGGAGGAUCAUUGCCUACAGUGCGACCUACGAUGAGCGCGAGCGCCAAGAGCAACCGUGAUGCCAACUCUUAG